AUGUUGGUGACGCAGCGUGCCACUUCAGAUGACGGAUGUGUUCACCUUAGUGUGAGAUACGGCAGGUCACCUGUAGCUGUGAAUAUAGUCGACUGCAAAUCCCAGCAUGCCCCAGGGCAGCGAUCAGUAUCUUCAUGUCUCGUUCGUUAUCGCGAGAGGACUACAAACCCCACAAUUCGCCACUGCUCCCGUUUCAGAUGUUCCCGCGCUCUUGGACUUGUCAGCAUGUCGGAUGUGUAUGACCCAGCCAGUCUUCCAGACUUACUACCGCUGUAUUACCGCCGCCUCUUCCCGUUCUCGCAGUAUUUUCGGUGGCUCAAUUAUGGGGGUGUUACCAAGAACUAUUUCCAGAAUCGGGAGUUCUCCUUUACCCUUAAAGAUGACAUCUACGUGCGGUACCAGUGUUUCAGCAAUCAGACCGAGUUGGAGAAGGAGAUGCAGAAAAUGUGCCCAUACAAGAUCGACAUUGGAGCGGUCUACUCUCAUCGGCCAAACCAGCAUAAUGCUGUGAAAUCGGGAAGCUUCCAGGCACAGGAGAAAGAGCUAGUCUUUGACAUUGACAUGACGGAUUAUGAUGAUGUGAGGAGCUGCUGCAGCUCUGCUGAUAUCUGCCAAAAGUGCUGGACAUUGAUGAAGAUUGCCAUCAGAGUACUGGACAGGGCUCUGAAAGAGGAUUUUGGCUUUGAGCACAGGCUUUGGGUGUACUCGGGCCGCAGAGGUGUCCACUGCUGGGUGUGUGAUGAGGCCGCCAGGAAGUUGUCUCAGUCGGCUCGCUCUGCUGUGGCAGAAUAUCUCAGUUUGAUUCGGGGUGGUAGUGAAACAGUUAAGAAGGUUCAGCUUUCAACUCCGGUUCACCCCUUUAUCACGAAGUCACUGUCCCUGAUUAUGGGCUACUUUGAGGAUUAUGCCUUGAUUGAUCAGGAUAUCCUAGGGAGACCAGAGUCUGUGGAGAAUGUCCUGGCAUUACUUCCAGAAGAGAUAAGAGACAUGCUGCAGAGUGACUUUCAGAAACAAAAGACAUCUGUGAAGCGCUGGGACUCCCUGAAGAAUAGGGUGAAGCAGGGGAGCCAGAAGAACAGUGCAUUGUUGGAUUCCGAAAUCGUCCUGCAGUAUUGUUACCCACGACUCGAUGUCAACGUCAGCAAAGGUGUUAAUCACCUUCUCAAGAGCCCCUUCAGCGUUCACCCCAAAACAGGUAGAAUUUCUGUGCCCAUUGACACAAGACAGCUGGACCAGUUUGAUCCCUUCGCAGUUCCCACCAUAAGCAUGUUGUGUCAGGAGCUGGACAAAGCUGUGCAGAGUGGUGAAGAGGACGAGAGCGGAAAAGACAAAGAAGGGGAACCGGAACCAAAACGCAGAGUCAGAGACUACAAGAGGACCAGUCUGGGGAAAUACGUGAAGGUGUUUGAGCACUUCGUGGAGCAGAUGGAGAAGUCCUGGAGAGGGCAGCUGCUGAAACAAAGCGAUAUGCAGGGGGAUUUUUGAACAGACACGAGGACAGCAGGGAUUUCGACUGCAGUUUUGGCUUAUCGGUGCCUCACACUCUUCCUGUUCCUGCCAUGCUUUUGAUUUCUUCCUUGUGAACUACACUGAAAACCUAAGAUGGAAAAUUAGGCACAGAUACUUGACACCUGAGGACAGUUAAUAGUUGUACACGUACUUGAGCACUCUCGCCUGAUGGUGGUUCUCUCUACUCCCACGCUCCACUUCAGACAGCUGUGCGUCUUAAUUUUCAUGUUUUUUUGGGUUUUUUUUGGUUUGUGCUCUUUAUCUUGUUACCUUAAAAUAAAGAUGGUGUUUCUAA